GGGCCGGCGGGGGGUGGGGGGGCCGAUAACUAUCUAGGCGCGGGUCUGUGCAACCCCCCUCGGCUCGUGCGGGAGAACGCCCCGGAAUUAAAUAGCAGCGUGCGGCAGCGCCUCUCGGCCACCAUACUUCGGGCUUACGGGAGCUCGCAGAGGACAAGAUCUCGCAGAGGACAAGAUCUCGCGCGCUUUUCCGAGGGCCGAUCUUCCCUUGGAGUGCGGCAAGGAUUAGGAGUAGCGACGAGGCGACGUUCAAGGCUUGGGUCAGGAUGAGGGAAAUAAAGAGGAUGCCCUUUGGGGGGUGAUGGGUGAGGACCUACCGCACGACAAGUGUGGCGACGGCCGAAGACACCGAGGGACUGGCGGGUUCACGCUGAGGGGAAACUACGGAAGGGGGAUACCAUCUAAGGCUGUCCGGAUCCUGCCAUGAGCGGUCUAGUGCGGACCGAGCCGCUGCGCGGGGAGCCGCCCCUGCUGGUGCGCGGCGACCCCUACUCCGUGGUGGUCCUGCUGCAGGGCUACGCGGAGCCCGACGGGGUAGACGACGCGGUCCGGGCGGACGGCUCCGUGACGCUCGUGCUGCCUCAGGCCUGGGGCUCAGCCUCCAGCCACCGAGAGGCCCCGCCCGAGGGCGGUGGGGCGAAAACCGCCCUGGAGGAGGCGGCCCGUGGGCCCAUCCUCGUGGACACUGGGGGCCCCUGGGCUCGGGAGGCGCUCCUGGGGGCCCUGGCGGGGCAGGGCGUGGCCCCCGGAGACGUGACUCUCGUGGUGGGCACCCACGGACACUCGGAUCACAUCGGGAACCUGGGGCUUUUUCCCACGGCGGCUCUGCUGGUCUCGCACGACUUCUGCCUCCCGGGGGGCCGCUACCUCCCCCAUGGGCUGGGUGAGGAGCUGCCCCUGCGCCUGGGCCCGGGGCUCGAGGUGUGGGCCACGCCGGGCCAUGGGGGCCAGCGGGACGUGAGUGUGGUGGUGGCGGGCACGGCCCUGGGCACCGUGGUGGUGGCGGGCGAUGUGUUUGAACGCAGCGGAGACGAAGACUCCUGGCAAGCGCUGAGCGAAGACCCGGUGGCCCAGGAUCGCAGCCGUAAGAGGGUCCUAGGCAUUGCGGACGUGGUCGUGCCUGGUCACGGAGCCCCCUUUAGGGUGAUCAGGGAAGCCCCUCAGCCAAGGAACUGACGUCCAGAAGACCAGAGGACCCAGUCAGAGUCAGCGCGCCAGAGGAGUCCGGGGUGAUCGCUUCCAGCCCUCGCAAGAGGCGGGUGCCUAGCGAGAACAGUCAUCGAUAUCACUGGUUCUGCAGCCAAAUGAGGACCAAGGACUGGCUCAACUGUGUGCCACCUCUUGGGGUCUCCAUAAAAUGGAAGAAUGUUCUUGAGGGGGUUAUCCAAAAUAAAAAUAGGAAGCUGCGUGGAAAAUCAUGCAGCCCCAAUGUAAACGUGCAUCGUUAGUAGUAAUAAUCAAGCAAA